AUGGUUGACGGUCUAUCGGACGGGUCGAUUUCCGACGCGCCGACGGGGAUAGAUGGAUCAAGAUUGGAUGCUUCUCGUGAGAAACGUACGGAUCUUGGUCUAGGGCGACUUGAACAAGACUUUCACAGUCAGGGGAUCUCCGGCGACGCGCCACCGCAGGAUGGAAGGCAGGAAGAUUUCCCGGCUGUGGAUGCUCAUCCACGACUGAGCUUGUCGAGCGCAUUGGCGACAGACAGUCCACAGGGGCCCAGGCAGGAGAGUGCGUCUUCACAUAUCAACGUAAGCCCGGAGGAGGAUGGCUCUGCUGAUUUGCCUGGGGCGUCUGUCCGAGGACAAUCCUCUCGGAGCAUGUUUGACAAUCCCCCCAAUUUGGCUCGGGUGCGGAGAAUCCUCUUUGAAUGUAAAGAUCCGGUUGAGAUCAGUUUGCCGGAAUUCGAAACAUAUUGGCCAUUCAUCGACAAUGUCUGGGUCAAGCAGAGAACCAAUGUCAGCAGAGAUGGCCACUGUAUCACAGAUUAUUACAUGUGCCGGCUGCGGCGCCCAAAUCAAACUGCAUCAGAGACUCGUCCGCUACCGGAAGGCAAACGACCGCGCAAGAAGCGUGUACGAGAAGGCGGGCAGUGUAAUUUUCAAAUCAAAGUGGUGCGUUGGGUUGGCGGCUAUCGGAUGGUCACUAUUGCUAGGACUCCGGGGAGUGAGAGCGUGCACUCUCAUGACUUGGAUCAAAUCGAUUGUCUGAAACGUAACUCUGGGCUGAUGGAAUUUGCUCACCGAGAGGCUGUGAAGGGAUAUUUGCCAUCAUCGGUGUAUACCAAGUUUCGUGAAGAGCCCGACAAAUUGGACGAGGCCGGAGGGCGAUUUCUGACUGUGGCGGAUGUGCGUAAUGUCUCUUCCAAGUGGCGCCUCCAGAAUCCGGAUGUCGAGUUGAUUCCGCAUGAAGGGUAUGAGCUGGUCAAGGGUCAAGGGAUCGUCAAGUGUGGGAGUACUGCUGUCGAUGCCAGUGCAGCUGCAUCAUCCCUAUUCACCACCGCACGAGCACAUCUGCCACCUGACACGCUUUCAUUUCCAUCCUUCUCGCUCGACUUUCUGCAGCCAUAUCUGCCCAUUCACUCUCACAAGAAGUGCCAAUUCCCUCACGUCACUCUAUCUUAUGCCUCGUCCAUGGAUUCCAAGCUCUCCCUCUUGCCAGGCAUGCAGACGGUACUCUCUGGACCCGAGGCGAAACUCAUGACCCAUUACCUUCGAUCCCGUCACGAUGCCAUUCUUGUUGGCGUGGGGACCGUGCUUGCAGACAAUCCUGGGUUGAACUGCCGCCUCGAAGGCGCUGGAGGGUUUGGCGGAUUGGGACGGAUGUGGCAGCCACGUCCGAUCGUCAUUGAUCCCAUGGCCCGAUGGUCCAUUCAUCCCAGCUGCCGAAUGCUGCGAACAGCGGUGGAGGGAAAAGGCAAAGCACCCUGGGUCGUGGUCACCCCGGGAGCUCGGAUCGAUUCGCAACGGCUGAUGAUGCUGAAGAGCUAUGGCGGUGAUUUCUUGCGCAUUGUCGAAUAUAAUCAGAAUUGGCGAUUGCGAUGGGAAGCCGUCCUUCGUGCUCUGGCAUCGGAAGGCAUCAAGAGUGUUAUGAUCGAGGGAGGUGCCACGAUUCUGAGCGAGCUUCUCAACUCGGAGUAUUCACACUUGAUCAACUCGAUUAUUGUCACGAUGGCGCCGACCUAUCUGGGUCAUGGCGGUGUCAGCGUCAGUCCCGAUUCAAAGCUAGAUCAGGAGGGCAGGCCCAGUGCUGCAUUGAACCCACGCGAAGUCAAAUGGACGCCGAUGGGUCAGAACGUGGUCAUGUGUGGUAAGAUCUGCCACGAUGAAGCUGAACGGCCAGAUGGCCCUGUGUAG